CCGCGUUUCCGGGGGACCCCGCUCGGCGCCGGACCGGGUGUCUGAGCCAGCGUGUCCGGGCAGCCCCGGGCCCGGGGGGACGGAGCCGGGAGCCGCCCCCGGCGCCGCAUGGGAGCAUGUUCCCGUCCCGGAGGAAGCCGGCGGUGUAUGUGCGGGAGGAAGCCGGGUCCCGCUGGCUGCUGGCCCUCCUGCCGCGGAAAUGCUCCGUUUUCCGGCUCUUCUUUGCGGCGCUGCUUCUGGGCUUUGCCUCACUGCUGUGGCUGCAGCUCAGCUGCUCAGGUGAUGUGGCCCGUCAGGGCCGCGGGGCAGUGGCCCCCAACCCCCUGAAGCCUUGCCCCCCGGAGUCCCGGGCCUCAUGGGCUGAGGACCCAUCGUGGGGCCCCCACCGCCUGGCGCUGCUGAUCCCGUUCCGGGAACGCUUCGAGGAGCUGUUGGCUUUCGUGCCCCACAUGCAUCGCUUCCUCAGCAGGAAGAGGAUCCGCCACCACAUCUUUGUGCUCAACCAGGUGGAUCAUUACAGGUUUAACAGAGCAUCUCUGAUCAACGUUGGCUUCCUGGAGAGCGGCAAUGACACCGAUUACAUUGCCAUGCACGACGUUGACCUCCUGCCCCGUAAUGAGGAGCUGGACUACAGCUUCCCGGAAGCAGGGCCCUUCCAUGUGGCAUCCCCAGAGCUGCACCCGCUGUACCACUACAAAACCUAUGUGGGCGGCAUCCUCCUGCUCACCAAGCAGCACUACGAGAUGUGCAAUGGGAUGUCCAACCGCUUCUGGGGCUGGGGGCGAGAGGAUGAUGAGUUCUAUCGCCGGAUCAAAGGAGCUGGCCUCCAGCUUUUCCGCCCCUCGGGAAUAAAGACUGGAUACAAGACCUUCCAGCACCUGCACGACCCAGCCUGGAGGAAGCGAGACCAGAAGCGCAUUGCUACCCAGAAGCAGGAGCAGUUCAAGGUGGAUCGGGAUGGGGGCCUGAACAACGUGAGGUAUCAGAUUGAGUCCCGGACGGCGCUGAGUGUGGCUGGAGCUCCCUGCACUGUCCUCAAUAUCCUGCUGGACUGUGAUGCCAGCAAGACCCCCUGGUGCACAUUCAGCUGAGCAGCCUGCCCUAGGCCCCAGUCAUGCUUGCCAUGCUGAGAUGCCCAGGGACUUCAGCGGGGCCUUUCGAGCAGGGCAGGUUCACUGCGGCAGCUGAGCGCGAGGGCUGGAGCAUGGAGGCGACAGGCUGGAAGAGGGCUGAGGAGCCAGCCCAGCUGGACGGGCAGAACUGAAACCGAGACGCUGUGGCCCCCAGCACAGAUGCUGCCAUUACCGCAGGAAGGCCGCUCCCUCCUUGUGCUGGCCAUGGCUCGAAGGAGACAAUAAAGACCUAUCAGGACCAUGUGAUGUCAA